AUGCCUUCUACGAAUAACAUUCUCACCGAAAAACUUAAAGAUGCUUUGGCAAUCAAUAAUAGUUUACGUAAACAAAUUGAAGAGCUAUCGGACCAAAAUAAACAAUUGUCAACCACUAUAAAUAUCUUAUCAUUGGAUAAAUUGUCAUUGCAAACUGAAAUUAACUCUAUUAGAAAUUCUAAUGCUCAACUGACGGCAAUGCAUAAUAUAAUGAAUAAAAAAAUGAGUGCAUUAGAACAAACUAUUCAAAGCUGUAUAGUACCUGCAUUGGUGACUAUAUCACAACAGAUCCCAUCUAUCUUAGAAAGUGUAGACCAAAUGAGUAAGUUUGAGAUCAAAAACUUUAUAAAGGAAAAUAAAGAAAAAAAGACAAAUACUGUUAGACCAAUGAUUAAAGGUGUGACCAUCUUCACUCAACCAGUUAUUCAACUAAUAAAAUGUGAUGAUAUGUUACCUUCCAUUAAAAGUUCUAUAACUGAACAACCACAGCGUAGUACUAAACAACCGCGGUGUAGUACUGAACAAACUCCAAAAAGACCAAGAAAACUAAGUUAUAGAAGCUCAAGUCACAGCAAAAUUAAUAUGGAACCACAUGUAAUAAUAGAAGAUGUUACAGUCAUGUUAAAAAGCCUCAAAGCUGUUCCUAAUGAAAAAGGUCCAAAACAUCAACUAAAUGAAAAUUUAGGUGAAGGUCCUAGUUCCUUGUAUGCUCCAGAAAAUCAAACACAAAAUUCUAAUAAUAGUACAAAAGCAAUACAAAAUGUUCAAAGUUCUCCUAGAUCAACGACGGUCAAUGAAGUUCAGUUUGAUGUGACAACAAUUGCCUCUACUUCAAGUGGUAUUACAUAUAACACAUUUGACGGAACUGAAGAACGUCGCAGUGGUUUUAUAUCUUCUAUUUAUCCAAGUAUGAUGAGAAAACGUACUAGACGAUCAAGUGAAUCAAGCAGUGUAUCAGAUAUUGAUGAUCCAACUUCUUCAUAA